AUGGUUUAUCUUCCUUUAAUUCAACUUUUCAUUUUUGGACUUCCGGUCUUAACUUUAGUCUCUAAUAACUCUAAACGCUUUAAAUUAUAUAUCUUGGGGCAUUUCGAAUUAACUCAAACGUUGAUUGAAUUCGCCAUUAUACGUCCUUUGAGUGAAUCCGAACUUAAAGUCCUUCGUGAGUGGCGUCCGAACAAAAAGUUUCGUUAUUUUAUCGGAAAUGACCCUCUUAAGAAUUAUGUCAGUUUGAUCGAACUCAAACCUUCUAACGAACCUCCUAACGAACUUGCUAACAUCACUCACCUUGCCGAAGAAAACGAACUUGCUAACAUCACUCACCUUGUCAGAGAAAAAGAUAUUGGAGAUUUCGUAAAAUCUCUUUUUGAACAUCAAUAUUAUAUAGAGGAGCCUAGUUUGGUUUAA